AUGACUCCCCUCUCCGAUGAUCAAUCUUACUCAUCCAGUGAAGCCUUCCUUGCCGAUGUGGGAGAGCUGGACAUGCUGCCUUAUAGACGGAGAGAUAACUUACCUGCAAAGUGUGUUGGGGACCAACUGGAAACGAAGGGUGCUCUAAAGGCCCUCCUGGACGACCUCCGCUGCAACAUAGCAGCAGCUAUUAACUCCUCUAAGGAAGAGAUCAUGCGCUAA